AUGGCAUACAUCAAUGCUGAUAAACCAAAUUCUGCGUUUCGCUUUGCAGACAUUGGUGUGUUAAGUAAACGAAUGCUCGGGCCAAUCGAAGGAUAUGAGAAUUUACCACUUGUAACAUUAGAGGAAGCUGUGAAACCUCUUAUUAGUAUUGUACCGAAAGUCGAACGCAAUGUAUUUAUAGUUAAACAGAAUUGUAACAAACCAGAAGAUGGUUUGACUAGUGACGAAUCUGCUUCAAUCAUGCUUUACACCCUCGAAUCAAUGCCACACGAAAACUCGUUGUAUAUUAUCCUCAAUGCAACUUUACGUUCUGAACAAAGACAAAAAUUAGUUCCUUGGUUUCUUUAUCUUCGACUUGUUUUGACGGCACUAGCUCGACUUCCAUCUGAACGUCGUUUUGUUGUUCGAGGAGUCAAAGAAGACUUACGGGCGGAGUAUCCAAAAGACAGUACGUUUAUUUGGUGGGCGUUUUCCUCAUGCACAUCCUCUAUAGAAGUGCUUGAAUGUGAUAACUUUUUUGGCAAAACUGGAACUAGAACCUUGUUUCAAAUAGAUUGUGAAACUGGAAAAGAUAUCAAAAGUCAUUCAUUCAUAAAGAAAGAAGAUGAAAUUCUUCUCCUACCAGCGAGACAAUUUCAGGUCAAAUCAUGUCUGAACUCUGGCAACGGACUUCAUAUAAUACAAAUUAAGGAAAUACAACCAGCUUUCCCUCUUCUUGAGCCAGUUUCAUUGCCUUACCCAACAGCGCAAUUCAAGAAUGAGUCUAAUGUUGGUUCUCAAACAAAAGCUAAAGAAAAUAAAUCGACAUCAGCAGUUAUGCCAAAACAGGGCUUAAAAAAUGAGCAAAGCCCCCAAAAGAAAUAUUCAGGUAAAUGA